AUGACCAGUGCUAUGAAAUUCGCUCUUUUAGUUACUCUUCUGCCUCUUGUGCAGGCACUUCCGCUCGCCAAGCGCGACGGCACCGAGAUGGCCAUUCAAAAUCGACUGGGCAACUACUACGAGAUUGACGGUAUUGUCGGAGACUACUUCACCAAUCUUUCGUUCGUUAUCAACUCGGCCCAAGACGACUCUUGGGUCUCGUCUGACCAGUUCAACACUAAUUUAUCAAACACUUUCACAUCUUCCACAGAGGAGUUUUGUUUCCAGGAUUUUGUCACAGACAUGACUGUGUCGGGAGUGUAUGGCUCGGACACAGUGUCCAUUGAGUCUCUGAGCAUUGACAGCUUGAAAUUUGGCGUUGCCACCACCAACCAAGUCGGCUACAGCGCAUCUCUAGGACUCGGCAGUUCGAGCUCGUUCAUUGAGGCCCUCUACAAUGCAGGCCAUAUAUCAGGCAAAAUCGUGUCUAUCUGGCUACAGAACAAUAGAUCUCCCGGUAAGAUCAAGUUUGGUGGCACAGACAGUUCUCUUUAUUCCGGCAGCUUGACUUAUGUCGACCUGGUCGGCUACGAGACCGACAAGACAAACGGCGGGUACUUCAUCUCACUGGACACAGUUGAAACCUCAUCUGGCUCUAAGCUCGCUAGCGGACAGACCGGCUACAUCGACACUGCUUCUGUUCUCUCUUAUGUGCCGUCUGAAGUUCUUGAACAGAUUACCAACGAUCUGCAAGCCAGCGUUGACCAGAACAGCGGUCUGUGGACAGUUGACUGUGGCACAAUUGAGACCACUGACUUGAGCUACAAGCUAGUUUUUGGCAGCACCGAGAUCGAAGUCCAGGCGAACCAGUUAUUUUUCCAGGAGUCCAACACCUGUUACCUGACAGUGACAGAGACCCAGCUUGAUAGCGUUGUUGUUUUGGGCCAGUCGUUCCUUACAAGCAUUUACUUGGUCUUUGAUCUGGACAAACAACAGGUUGGAUUGGCCCAGGUUGACGUGGACCAGAAUGUGGUCACGAGCUGCUCUGUCUGCACUCAAACGAGCAGCAGCAGCAGCUCAACUACAGCUUCCAGCUCUUCUACGUCUUCAUUUACAAGCAGUACGAGCAGCACGAGUUCCAAGAGUUCCACAAGUUUCAGCAGCUCUAGCACCACUAGUUCAAGCACCAGCUCGACUACCAGCUCCAGUUCCAGUUCCAGUUCCAGUUCCAGCUCUAGCUACAGCUCCUCAACCAUUUCUAGUUCCACCUCUUCGUCCAGCAGCACACUGAGCUCAAGCACAUCAAUAACCUACACCUCAAGCAGCGUGUUUCCCAAAACUUCCAGUUCAAUGUCCAGCUCAUUUUCGGUCUCAACCACUUCCGUCUCAACCACCUCAGUUUCAACCACCUCAGUCUCAUCAACCUCCACUACGCCUGUCUCAACCUCAUCAGACACAAGCAGUUCGUCCAUUGUCAGUACAUCCUCCACACCCAGUUCCAGCUCCUCAACACUACCCUGCUCUGGAUCAAUGGUCACCACAACUUAUCCUACAACCAUCUCCGGCGGCGACUGGACCACCGUCUCUGUGGUGACCAACUACGUGUGCUCGUUUGCCGUCUCCAGCUUCGACACCACCACCGACACCACGUGCACCAUCUGCACAAGCACAACGCCAAGCCCUGAAGUUGCCACUGUCUUCAGCCACGAAUCGUCUGCAACACCACAGUCGACAGUCAUUUCGAGCACUAGCACGGACACAAGCUCCACCCCAACGACUGCAAUAUCCACCACUCCACUGCAGAUGACGACCAUCUCCAGCUCCUCCAGCUCCUCUACCCCUGAAAGCCACUCAAGUACGCUCGCUUCAACCUGGAUCACCACUAGCACCCCAACUACACCUGCCACCUACGGAACGACCGUGCACACCGAAAAUACGGUCAUAGAGACACUGAGCUGCAGCACAGAAUCGGCCCCGGAAAGCUCUAGUGUUGCAGACACCGUGGCCCCUACCACCUCCUCUGAGACUCCGCCAACACCAACGCCUACUUCAGAGGUGUCAUCUGCAACACCUGCCACCCAAUCCACACAGACCAUCACCGAAGACUGCUCGUGCUCUACCUCAGCCUACGUUUCCUCUGGAACCACCAUGUUCACAGUUGUCUCAACUUACACCAGCACUAACCACGCUCUCGUGACUCCUUCUACCAGCAGUUCUUUGCCGUCCGUUACGGAAUCACAAACACCUAGACUGUCGUCCCUGGCAGACUACUCUUUCGUCAGCUCCUCAUCCACUACUUCGGCCCAUUCCGUCCUCACCUUUGCAGGAGCCGGCGUGCGAAACCAGGUCAGCCUCGCUGCCAUCCUCCCUGUCUUGUUUUACAUUCUUUAG